CGUAGUUCCGGAAGACUCACGACCAAGAAGUAGAAAAAAAGGAAAAAGAAAAAGAAAAGAAGAAACAAGGUCAGUUCGUUCAUUAGGCAGAAGAGAUGACCGUACUGGCCCAGCCACUGGCAAUCUUCUCCGAUUCCCUUUCUCAUCUCCGUCCUUCCUCCCGGCAAGUAGUAGGAGUCGCCGUCAAUUCCUUCUUUGCAUCACCGAAGAAGAAUUCCAGCCGCUCUGUCGCAAGUACAACUCCACCGCCAUUACCGUCCGUCUCCUUGUCGUAUUUCAGAUCCUCCUCCGCAAAUUCUUCCACCAACCACGACGUCUCUGUUGAUGAGGAUGUUGAAGGUGAAGUUGCAUCUGUCGAGGCUGUAGCUGUGGAUGUUGAAGACGAGUACUGCACGCCUUCUAUCGAUGAUAUUGAGAUUGAGAUAGAAAAUACUGGGAAUAACUCCCGUAGAAUCAGGUCCAGGAUUCCCAUCGAGGCGAAUCUCCAAACAGUCUGGAACAUUUUGACUGAUUACGCUAGAUUGGCUGAAUUCAUUCCCAACCUCACUAUCAGUCAAUUACUCGAGAAGGGAGACAACUUCGCCCGUUUACUUCAGGUUGGACAGCAGGAACUGGCAUUUGGACUGAACUUUAAAGCAAAAGGCAUUGUUGAUUGUUAUGAAAAAGAUCUUAUUUGUUUUUCUUCUAGUCAAAGACGUGAUAUUGAAUUUAAGAUGAUUGAAGGAGACUUUCAACUCUUUGAAGGAAAAUGGUCUAUCGAACAGUACAUGGAAAGAUGUGAAGGUGUUGAACUGUCAGUAGGCCAACAACAACAACUUUACACGGUUCUUACAUAUUCAGUUGAUGUGAAACCAAAGAUAUGGUUGCCGGUUAGCCUGGUUGAAGGCAGAUUAUGCAGAGAGAUUAAACUCAACCUGAAAAGCAUAAGAGAUGUGGCAGAGAAACUGAGUCAAGACAUAUGUCCGGUUCUCUAAUGACUCAUUCUUCUCUACUAAACCAAUCAUGUAAGUAUACUUCCUUCCCCUCUUUAAUUUCACCUGAUUCUAGUAAAUUUGUGCAUGCAGCCAAAGAAACUUUAAUUUUGUUGUCUGUAAUUUCAAGAAUGUCUCAUAUUAUUUUUCGUCAUUAAUUUUAAUGUGUGUCGGCACGACAUACUUUAA